AUGAAACUAAAACCAGCCAUUCUUGUGAUAGUACAUUUUCUUCAAGGCUGCAUUGUGGAUGGGCAUACGAUUUGCAAAAAAUAUUCAACAUUAGAAUGGAGAACUCAGCCAACAGUGCAUGUAGUGAAGUGGUCCCUGACCCAAACCAUCUGUUUCAACACUUACUCAGACUGCUGGAAUACUGAUUCAGAUCUCAAAAGCAACAACCUAGAAAUGAUAAUUCCAACUCAUCUACAGCUUUGUCCUCUGCAACUUCAGCUGGGAGAUUCUCUUUUUGUUUCUUCUGAGCCAUCUUUUCAAUCAUAUGGAAUGAACCUGGCCAGUGUCUCCUUGCAAGAAUUUAUGAGGUGCCCUCAAGAAGAUGUCCCUCAGAAAGAGCUAAUUUUUGGUUGCAGGUUAAGAGGAAUGCAUCAAAUUGACCCAAAGUGGCUUGGGAUUGGAACACAUUACUUUGUAGAAACCCCUGCUAGAGGACCACCUUUAUGUAAUUUAGGGCUUAGACUGAAUAUAACAGUAAAACAGCAUCUUUGCCAGCAAUCCCCAAGUGCACCUUUCUGCUCUGGACAUGGAAAAUGUCUAAGUCAUGCCUGGGAUGAAGCAUAUCAUUGUCUCUGUAACCAGCCAUACUCAGGACAAUUCUGCCAGCAAUCUGAUGUGUGCUUCAGUAAGCCCUGUUACAACAAUGCUUCCUGUGUUAGCCGAGGGGGAAAAGGAGAAAAUGGUGGAGAUUACUAUGAGUGCACAUGCGCUCCAUUGUUUGCAGGCAAGAACUGUUCAGAAAUCAUUGGACAAUGCGAGCCACAUAGUUGCCACCAUGGCAACUGCAGCAAUGUAACUCCAAAUACUCACCAGUGCCAAUGCAAUAAGGAUUUUUCUGCAUCCAGAGAUCCAUCUAUACUUUCCAGGGCAUCCCUAAAUGGUGUUAUCGACAGUGUUAGCAACAUAGUAGCAUUUAUGCAACACUUUAUACUGUACAAAGCACUUCAGAUGCAACAUCUUGUUAUGCUUGGCAACGACCCUGAAAAGUUACUCUUGAGUGUGGCAGUAGGAGAGAUGGCACAACUACUGUUUACAGAGGCCCAUGCUUUACUUGAACUUGUUGAUGCUAAGGGGGCCCCAUGCUUACCUGAAACUAGGGCUGUUGAUUCAGUAAAGACCAACCGGAAAAAUACCGAAUAA